AUGGCAGAUCUCUCUCAUCCUCCCAAGAGCCCUACUCUGGUGCCUCCUCGCAAAAGUGUUGAGCUUGAAGAUCCUGGGGCGCAUGAUCUGGAGACGUCAGAGGCUGAGGAAGAUGUGUUUUCGGAUGCACAAGAGGCUCGGAAUUCUCACUCAGGACCAAGCUCUCCUGUACCUACGACGAGGGUGGAAAAGGUCGAUGAUAGAGAUAGCUACGGACAAGUACCCGGCACAGCCGCCUACAAGACUAGAGAACAAGACGCCGUGCCAGAUGAGCUUGAGAUCAUACCAGAUGGCCGCGAAAGUAGGCCUCAUUCAAGCACGGGCCAGCAGGAUCAUUUGGCUAGCCCAAGAGACAUUCCCAUACCGAAGAUGGUCGUUGAGAAGGUUGAUCUAAAUUCUCCAAGUCAUGGAGAUGUUCCAGGCACUGCCGCACAUUCAAAAAGGCAAGCAGACGCUGUGCCAGAUGUCAUCUUGCAAGUACCUGAGCGCGAUGAAGCCUCUGUUAGUGAGGAUCGAGGUGACGGCAUCUCUCCCGAGAUCCCAAUUCCCACGACCGUGAUUACGAAAGUGGAUUCUGAGCCAAGCCAUGGAGAAGUGCCGGGCACUGAUGCUUUUGACAUGCGGAAAGGAGAUGCAAAGCCUGACGUUGUUGAGAAGAAAGGCGAUGUAUCAGAUAGAUCCAAACUUUCCAAGCCCAAGCGAACAAAACCUCCAAUAGAAGGCGCGUCGCCAAUUGCGGCAGAUGGUGGCUUCGGUCCUAUGGAGUAUGAAGAUUCUGAAAACGAAAGCGUUGAAUCGAAGCUUGACGAGGCUGGUAAUGACACGGAGGCGGACGAUGGUGAAGGCUUCGGGGAUGAUUUCGACGACUUUGAAGCAGGUGCAGAGAACGAAGAUUUUGGCGACUUUGAUGAGGGUUUGAAGCAAUCUCCAAUAUCAGACGAAGAGCCGGCAGAGGCGGGCCUACCUUCACACUCUGUCCAGUCUCUGCCGCCUUCGAUAUCUCCUUUUUCACUCCUUGAUUUUAGCGAGCUGGAUACUCUUGACGACAUUAUUGACGCGACCAAUCCGUAUCUCGACGAACUAUUCCCCUCGACGCAGGAAUCCUAUCCUCCUGCCCCACCAACAAUAUCGGACCAGAAUUCUAUAUUUCUUACAGACCGAAGCCUCUCUUUGUGGUCUCAACUUGUUGCUCCGCCACCUUUGCAACCUCCCAAUUGGGUGCGGUCCCGUAUUCGUCGCCUCUUUCUUGUGUCUCUAGGGGUGCCGGUAGACCUUGACGCGAUAUUGCCCGCAUCAAAGCAAAAGAAGCUGAUCCUACCCUCCAUACACCUACGCAAUCGCUCUCAAUCACCACCAGACGGUCGUCGAACAGGGUCUCGAGUACGACUCAAGCAAGACAACGCAAGCUCUGCCUCUGUGGACCAGCCAUCAAGCAAUAAAACCAGCCGACGGAGAAAGGGGCCACCCUCCCCUCCGGAACUCAAUCUCCAGACCACAAAGAUGCUAUGCGCGACGACACAUGCUGCGCUAUCCAACAUGACGGAUCAUGAGCUGCAAGCGCAUGUGAGGAAGCUUGAGGAGCUGACUGCUAAAGCCAGCGAGGUGUUGGAGUAUUGGUUGAAGAGAAAGGACAGUGCUGUGGGGGAUAAAGAGGCGUUUGAGGGUGUAAUUGAGAACCUGGUCAAGCACGCGAGGAGAGUUCGAAAAUAG